UGGUUGGCAGCCUGGAUUGGUCUGCGUGAAGACGGGUGCGACGGCUGAGCAGUGACUGGCGGCUGAUAGAGCCCACUCAGACGGUGGGGAGAACGUGUCCGACCUAAGAGUGGCUACCUUGGUCUUCGAGAAGAUCCUAGUAAGCAACGCAUAAGUUGCCUGAAAAUUCUAGUGAGAAAACCAAUGAAUCACCACAGGAUCUGCGUCUCUCUAGGCAGCGUUGCUGCUGUAUUGAGAUCAGGGCAGAGGUCUAUGUCGACGGCAUCAAAGUCUUUGACCGGACUUGGUAACAUAAAAAAUGGCAAGAACACCAAAGCCUCGAGUGAGCUGUGCAAGUUCUUGGGAGUCCCUGAUCAAUCGCGAUCCGAAACCGCCUUGCUCCUCUCUAAGUUCAUUAAACUCAACAAUUCCCGGAGUCCUGGUAUCAAGAAAGAUAAGAUAUGGGAGCAGAAUUUGCAAACGCUUUUACGAGGAAAAAGUAGUAUUAGUUUUCCUGAGAUUGCCAAAAUCCUAUCCCCAGAAUUCAGCUCGGGCAUCAUGCAUUUCAAGGACAAGAGUAUGGACUCUUUCACAGACAACACAAAGGGAAAAGCCUCACAGAAGAAGGGGAAGUCCUCAAAGAAGUAGGAUUUGCAUGUUAUGUGCCUCUCUUUUUGUGUCAAAAGUUAGGUAUGUUUCUCUAGUUUGCUCUGUUCAUGAUACUCUGUUCUUUGAGCUCUACACUUGUCGCGCUCAUUGAGUUUGAGCGCUGAAAACCCGGUUUAUUUCUUCAGGUUCGGUUCAUGGAAUAUUGUGUUAUGGUAGACUUGCAAAUUAUAGAUGCUGAUCUUAUAAUGUUAAACUACUGGAUCUUGCGCA